CUCUCUGGAGAACAAGAAAGCCAGGAUCACUGCCUCCAGACCUCCCACAGCUCAGACAGCCUCAGAGACCGGCUGGGUUCAAGCAUGACAAUGGCAUAUGAAAAUUUUCAAGAUGUGGGGAGCGACGAAAAAACCCAAAAGAUUGACAAAGGAACAUCCUCUUUUUCAGCCCUUCCUUUUCCUUCGGCCGUGUGGAAUAUCUGCUCAGUAUUCCGUCUUCUCCUGUUCUCCCUGGGACUCGGCCUCCUGCUGUUGGUGGUUGUCGGUAUCAUUGGAUCUCAAAAUUCCCAGGUACAGAAAGACCUGCUCAUGCUAAGGAGGAAUUUCAGUAACUUCACCUCAGACACAAUGGCUAAUAUCCAGGAAUUGACAUCCAAGGGCCACAGCUUGCAAGAAAUGACCAAAUCUCUGAAAGAUGAAGUGGAGGAUCACAGGCAGGAAUUGCAAACAAUCCGCAGCUUUAACCAGAACAUGGCUUCCCUGAAGAGCACUCUGGAGAAAAAGGAGGAGGAACUUAAAACAGAACAAUCUGCGAUGCUCCUGAAAAUCCAGCAGCUGGUGAAGGAUUUGAGGACCGUGAACUGUGGGCUAGCUGACCUAAGGAGAAACGGCUCUGUAAAGACCUGUUGCCCCCUUCAUUGGCUGGAGUAUGACGGCAGCUGCUAUUGGUUCUCCCAAUCUGAGAAGUCUUGGUCAGAGGCUGACAAGGUCUGCCAGCUGGAGGAUGCAUACCUGGUGGUGGUGAACUCCCAGGAAGAGCAGAAUUUUAUCAAGAGUCACAAAAGUACUUUUAACACUUGGAUGGGCCUAACUGACCAAAAUGGACCUUGGAGAUGGUUGGAUGGGACCGACUACAAGCAAGGCUUCAAGAACUGGGCACCAGAUCAGCCAGAUAACUGGUACGGGCACGGGCUGGGAGGCGGCGAGGACUGUGCCCAUUUCACCUCCGAUGGUCGCUGGAAUGAUGACGUCUGCCAGAGGUCCUACCGCUGGGUCUGUGAGACAAAGAUGGACAAGGCCAGCUAGGAACGUUCUUCCUCUUAAUUUAUUUCUUUAAUGGCUUGAGCCACUGAGGUCUAGGAUUGAGAGUCUUCCUUGCUAGGGAUCGCCAUAUUCUUCAUGGUGUUCCUCUAGAAGUUUAAGGGGAAAGGAAUGGAUGAUGGCUAGAAUGUAAGAUGAUGUUUGAUGACACCUUAUG